UCAGCCGGUGUAUUUGGAUACAAAAUCAGCCGUAGGAGCUGACAGUCCGCUCUAUGGAGGCGGAAUAGACGGGAACUGACAGAAGGAGAGAGAGAAAACGGAAAGAAAAAGAAAACGUUUCGCUUGGGCUGGACUGCGGCGACGCUUUUGUGAGAGGAAUCGACCCGUUUUGGUUGGAAAUAUUGCGACGCAACCUGAACGCCCAUGAGCCGAGAGAGAGGAGCGCUGUGAUGGACAGAGCGAGAGAGAGAGAGAGGAAGAGAGAGAGAGGGAGCGAUGCAGGAAUAUUUCAGUGUGAAUAGGCUGAUGGGUAUUUAAAGCUGAAAACACUGAGCCUCAUGGAUCUACUGUUUUUCGUCUGUGGAUUAUAAUAAAAUAGGGUUCCAAGCAGGAGUAGGUUAUCUAUUAUUAUUAUUAUUAUUAUUAUUAUUAUUAUUAUUAUUAUUAUGGUGGUGAUGUGGAAGAUGAUGAAGAUGGUGGAUGCAUCCCCAACAAGCUCCAUCAGCGUCAGCAGCAUCGUAUCAGGAAGGAUUUCAUCGUCUAUUUUCCACAGCACCGUCUAACCGUGACCUUUCCACAGAGCCAUCAGAAGCGAGCUCCUUUCAGAAAAGCCCCUUAUUUCCAGCAGCGGGCUCAAAGUGGCCUGUUGUUUGCACCUACACUGAGAGCUGCAGCCUAAAUAACACAGGACUGUAUGGGGGCAGUGAGGAUCCAGGCAUGGGGUUGCUAAAGCAGGGCCAGCCCAGGAUCCCUGUAGCCAUGCAGUGUAUAUUCAGGAUAAAUAAGGUAGGCUAGUGUGGCUGUGGGCAGCUGCCAUCAUGUUUUGUUGACCUGAAUUUAUGUGCAGGAGAAGGUGGAUGAAUUUGUUGCUCUUUGUGGUUGGAUUAGCUUGGAGUGGCCAACACUGGCUGUGUAUUUCUAUCAAAUCCUAAAAUCCCAUGCUCGGUUAUUGGGGCUGGUAGCUCUUGGUUGUCUAAAAAUGGACACACAGUUUCCUCAAUGCUAGCCUAGACUGGUGAGGAUGUGCGGGAUUCAAGCGUGGAAGCCAUAGGGCUAGAAGAGAUAGAGCGAGAGGUUUGAUAUUAAGGAUUGUUUUUGGCCCUAGGCUUCCUCCAAGUCAUCACCACCAUGUUUUAUAUCUGGAUGGCUUGGUUUGUAGAGGUAAGCAUACUUGUAUGGAGAUGAACUGAAGUCAAUGCUGUACUGUCAUGUUUAUUAAUGAGCUUAUUCUCUUUUAUUGGGCUUUAAGUGUGCAUGUAAUGAGAGAUCAUGCAUUUUUAAGGAAACGUGAAAGCAGCAGAGACCCAUAUGUAUAUAUAACAGAAUAGAAGAGGCGCAGAUAUCAUGAAUCAGGCCAAGUGCCCUGCAGGCUCUGUGAUGACAGUCUGAUUCCGAAACUGGGAGCAUUCCAGUGGAGAGAACGAGGAGAAUUCCAGUGGAGAAAACUUUUCUUUUGCAGCCUUGGUGCUGUAUAAAGCACCGGAACUGCUUAAGUCUUCUUGGCCAUUUAUAAUAUUACAAGCCAUUAAAGCCAUAUUCAAGAACAAACUUAAGCUUUCAGCUGCUUAUUGACUUUUUCUGAGCAUGCACGUUCUUUUGAGCCACCCGUUUGAAAGUGCCUUUAUAAAUGCCAAUAUGCAGAGAAAGCGGCCCUAAUAAAACGGACCAUUCAGCCAAUGAGAGUGGUGCAGCUUUGCCCUUUGAUUUCCCCAUUCUGGUCAAGAAGUCCUGAAUUUGGUCCAUGCGUUCUGCAUGGAUUUUGUGCAUGAGUUGACUGAGGGCCUCCCCCAGCUAUUGAGACCGCACCGCUGACCUGCGGCCUCAGAGAUGGACCCGUAUUCGAGACUGAGUAGCAUGGGUGGUGGAGGCCAUGGAAAUGCCACCCUGCUGCCCUGCACCAACUGCGGGGGCUCCUGUGGCCCACCGCCCCCCUCCAUCCUCCUACCAAACGCCACUCAGGAGAACGGCAGCAGCUGGAACUCCUCCACGCUCUCCUCCUCGGUCAGCUCGCCCGAUUCUCAUGCCCAGCAUCAUCAUCGCGGAGACUCCAAUCACUACUGGACAGCUGUAUUUGACUAUGAGGCGGCAGCGGAUGAGGAACUGACCCUGCGGCGUGGCGACCUGCUGGAGGUGCUCUCCAAAGACUCCAAGGUGUCCGGAGAUGAGGGCUGGUGGACGGGAAAGAUCCAGGACAAGGUGGGCAUAUUCCCCAGCAACUAUGUUACGCGGCGGGAAACCACGCUGCCCCCUGGAGGCCUGCUGGUGGGCGGUGAGAGCCCGCUGGAGAUAGACUUUAUGGAGCUGUGUCUGGAGGAGGUGAUAGGUGCUGGCGGAUUCGGAAAAGUGUAUAAAGGUGUGUGGAGGGAUGAGGAGGUGGCGGUGAAAGCGGCCCGGCAGGAUCCGGACGAAGACAUCAGCGCCACUGCGGAGAGCGUGAGGCAAGAGGCGCGGCUUUUCUGGAUGCUCCGGCACCCUAACAUCAUCGCCCUGCGCGGCGUCUGCCUGAAGGAGCCUAACCUGUGCCUGGUGAUGGAAUACGCCCGUGGGGGCGCACUGAACCGGGCACUGGCGGGGAAAAAGGUGCCCCCCAGAGUGCUGGUCAACUGGGCCGUGCAGAUCGCUACUGGAAUGGACUACCUGCACAACCAGACCUUUGUGCCGGUCAUCCACAGAGACCUGAAGUCCAGUAACAUUCUGAUCCUGGAACCGGUGGAAAGGGACGAUCUGAGUGGAAAGACCCUAAAGAUCACGGACUUUGGGCUGGCGCGGGAGUGGCAUCGCACCACUAAGAUGAGUGCAGCGGGCACUUACGCUUGGAUGGCUCCGGAGGUCAUUAAACUGUCCCUCUUCUCUAAGAGCAGUGAUGUCUGGAGUUUUGGGGUGCUGCUGUGGGAGCUGCUGACUGGUGAGGUUCCCUAUCGGGAGAUCGAUGCCCUGGCGGUGGCCUAUGGAGUGGCCAUGAACAAACUGACCCUACCUAUACCCUCUACCUGCCCUGAGGCCUUCGCUCAGCUGCUGGGGGAGUGUUGGAGCCCAAACCCACACAGCCGUCCUUCCUUCAGCAGCAUCCUGAAGCGUCUGCAGGCCAUCGAGCAGUCGUCCAUGUUCCAGAUGCCCCUGGAGUCCUUCCACUCUCUACAGGAGGACUGGAGGCUGGAGAUCCAGCAGAUGUUUGAUGAGCUGAGAGCGAAGGAGAAGGAGCUGCGUUCUUGGGAGGAGGCGCUGGCUCGGGCUGCGGAGGAGCAGAGGGAGCAGGAGGAGCUGCUGAGGAGGCGCGAGCAGGAGCUGGCGGAGAGAGAGAUCGACAUUGUGGAGAGAGAACUGAACAUCAUCAUCCAUCAGAUGUACCAGGAGAAGCCACACGUCAAAAAACGCAAAGGGCACUUCAAAAAGAGCCGGCUUCUCAAACUGGGCCGGGACAGCAACUGUAUCAGCCUGCCCUCUGAUUUUGAGCAUAAGAUCACAGUGCAGGCCUCUCCCAGUGUGGAUAAGAGGAAAACUCAGGGCAGUGAGAGCACCACUCCUCCGGCCAGUCCCGGGGUCAUCCCCCGCCUCAGGGCCAUUCGCUUGACCCCCAGUGAUGGCAGGAACACGUGGGGGCGUACGGCUGUGUGUAAGAAGGAAGACCUGGCGGGGACCAAAAAGAAGGGGCGUACUUGGGGUCCCAGCUCCACCCACCAAAGAGAGCGUGUGGGGGGAGAGGACAGGUUGAAGUCACUUGGGGAGGGGAAGGUGUGGUCCUCCAGCGCCCCUAAUCUGGGAAAGUCUCCAAAACAUGUCCCUAUAACCGCCGGCUUCUCCAGUCUCAGUGAGAUGGAGGAGCACUGUGAGUUUGAGGAGCGCUUGGCUCCGGAGGGCAGCAGCAACGGGGCGACAGAGGAAAGCAGCCACACGUGGGUGGGCGUAGGGCCGGGCGUCGGCUCCCAGGAUUCUUCGCGGCGCUGCAGUCAGAGGAAGAAGAGUGACCUGCUGCUGCUGGGCUGCGCCUCCAUCCUGGCCUCUGUCGGCCUUGGCGCAGACCUCCUCCAGCUGGGACGCCUGCAGGUGAGUCAGGACGAGCAGGACGUGCGUGAGGAGCAGAGGAGGAAGAAGGAGGGGCUGUUCCAGCGCACAGGGCGAUUCCGCCGCAGCACGUCCCCGCCCAGCCGCACGCUGUCACUGUCUCUGUCGCACAGCCGUCACCAUGACUCCGCCCUGCCGUGCCUGGACCCCUCCCCCUCCGUCACACUCCUCUCUCUCUCCUCCCUGUCCGACUGCAACUCCACCAAAUCCCUGCUGCCGUCCGACCCUGACGACCUGCUGCCGACCCCCAGCAGCUCCCUCCCCGCUGUCUCCCCCGCACCAGCUCUCAACCCCCUGCUGGACCUGCGGGCCGAAAGCUUCAAGCGGGAACCCAACCAAUCCCUCACGCCUACGCACGUCUCUGCGGCAAUGGCCCUGAACCGCGGGCACCGGCGCACGCCAUCCGACGGGGCAAUCCGACCGCGAGCACAGACGGUGGUGGGGCACCGGCGCACGCCCUCGGACGGUAGCAUGCCCAUCCCACCUCCUCCCACCACCACUGCUGCACCACAUACAGGUUCUCGUGACACUCUGGAUAUCCCUCGUCUGCCUGACCCAUCUACGGUCUUCCCCCCAGCUCAUCGGCGUAAACCACCCCCACCCAUCACAGUUCCUGCCCAGGAGGGACACACCGGCACCCUGGAAAGGCCCAAGACCCUGGAGUUCGCCCCUCGUCCUCGGCCCACGCCGGUCAGGGCGCGGCCGGACCCCUGGAAGCUGUCGUCUCUGUCCCGGACACUCAGCUCGUCGCCGGGGAGCAGCUGCGACAGUCCCCUGGGCUCUGGGGACAGCGGGGUCAGCGCAGGGGUCAGCGCCACCCGCCAGACCUUACUGGACAUGGACAUGGAGGGGCAGAGCCAGGACAGCACCGUGCCUCUGUGUGGGCAGCACCCUCAACCCACGCUGUGCGGACAGCACUUCUCAUAGAAACACAGGGAGACUGUUACCUGGGGUCAAAGCACUGACCAGUAUACUUUACAUGGCCAGCACUUUCUAUAGAGCCUUUCAGCCGGGCUGUUAUAUUAACUUUGCGGUGCAGGCCUGUAGACGGGCCAUUUUUGGUGGAUCUCUAAUAGAUUUAGGGAUCAAAAUUAAUCCGAAACUCAGAAAAUAAGAAUGAAUCACCACUGACAUUACACUUUAGCCAAUCACUGUUUUCAGAAGGGGUCACUCAUUCACAGCUUUUGCCAUAUAGUGAAUUGAGUUGAGGAUGACCAAAACAUUUGACACCUCCACAAAAUGACGGGUUAUGUACAGUCGUAUGCAAAAAGGGCAUGGUUUUGUUGGUUUUCUAACAAGUUCCUCUACAGAGAACAGGCUUCUGCACAUUG